AUGAAUAUUCUCUUUUCUGAUGAGAAAAUGUUCGACAUCGAUGGUGUCUAUUACAGUCAAAAUGAUCGUGUAUGGGCAGUAGAUCGUGCUGAUGCCGACAAGAAAGGUGACAUCAAGCCGAAACGAAAGUUCCCGCAAAAAGUCAUGGUUUGGUUGGGGGUGUGCUCUAAGGGUGGAACGCCAUCAGUUAUCAUCGACAAUGAUUCGGUAGAUCACGCCCGAUACAUUCAAGAAGUGCUUCCAGUGGCACUUGAAUACGACAACAAGGUGUUAGGAAGUCAAUGGACCUUUCAGCAAGAUGAUGCAAAACCACACAUUCAUCAUCUUACGCAACGAUGGUGCCAGCACCACUUUUCUUCCUUUAUUGACAAAAAUCAUUGGCCACCCAAUAGUCCCGAUUUGAAUCCAUUGGACUAUUCAAUAUGGGAUGAAUUUGCUCAUGCUACUCAGUGUCAGUGGGAUAAAGUGACAUCCAAAGCAACGCUGAUUGACGAACUCAAACGAUCUGUCAAAACGAUUCGACAGGAUGUUGUUUUUGAAAGUUGCUCAUCUUGGACCAAUCGAUUGUACCGUGUCUCAAAAACGAAUGGUUGCUAUUUACGUGAAUAA